UCAUUCCUAUCAAUUAAAGUCCCCCAAUAUCCAGAAAACCUCUCAUUUCCCAUGGCCAUUACUGAAACUAAGCUCAUCAUUCCCAACACCAGAAAUGAGGAAGCAAAUAUUGAAGAUAUCAACUAUUCCCAAAGAGCACAAUGGCUAAGAGCUGCGGUGCUUGGAGCCAAUGAUGGGCUUGUUUCCACUGCUUCUCUUAUGAUUGGCAUAGGAGCAGUAAAAGAAGAUGCCAGGGCUAUGAUAUUAUCUGGUUUUGCUGCCUUGGUGGCUGGAGCUUGCAGCAUGGCCAUUGGGGAGUUUGUCUCUGUGUACUCCCAGCUUGACAUUGAGGUGGCCCAGCUGAAGAGAGAGCAAAAAAUUAACCAAAAAGAGGGGAGUAAGGUCCAGGAUGGAACAACUCAGGAAGGAUUGCCCAACCCAGCACAAGCAGCAAUUGCAUCUGCGCUGGCAUUUUCUAUGGGAGCUGCGGUUCCUCUCCUAGCAGCAGGGUUUAUAAGAAGAUAUAAGGUGAGACUUAUGGUGAUUGCCAUAGCGGCAAGCAUGGCCUUGGCAGUUUUUGGGUGGGUUGGGGCAGCGCUAGGGCGUGCUCCACUAGUGAAGUCAGUGUUGAGAGUAUUAUUGGGUGGUUGGGUGGCCAUGGCAGUGACCUUUGGGAUCAUGAAACUGUUCAGGUCCAGUGGCCUUUAAAGUCUGGCUUUGCCUGAGCUUUGUACCACUGCUAACAACUCAUAUCGCUAUGCUUUCUUUUCUAUGUAUGCCUAAGGUGUUCAAUAUAGA